UUUUCAAGUUGUUUUGUGCAUUUUGUGUUGUAGUCGUCGUUAUUUAGCCGUAUUGCUUUUUUUAUUUAUUAGAAAUCGCGGUCGUGCUUCGUCAAAAAUAGAAGUGACUGGUUGAAGAAGUGGCUGGCGCUUCUUACAGAAAGAAAGUGUAGCAGAGAAGAGCUGAUUGGAAAAGAAACAAACAAAAUGACUGAAACAAAUGAACAUGAACAGGUCGUCAUGACACCCAAAGGCAAAACCCAUAAUUCGACGACUCUGAUAAUAGAGAGGAGGAAAGUUAGCAAAACAAAUGAUAAAAUGCACGUGGCAGGAGGUGAACACACGGGGAUAAUCAUAAAUAAAGAAACAGUAACAGAGAAUGGGACAUGUUCGACACCAGCACAGUUGUCUCUGGAAUUCAGAGUAUUUUUAGUUAAUAAAGAGACAGGAAAACACACACAAGAAUCUCGAACGAUAAGGUUUUGGUUCAGGGAACCUCAAGGUGCUCAAGAUGAGACUGACGGUGGGCAAGCAGGCACUGCCCAAGACUUCUUCAGGGAGCUCGUUAGCCCCCAAGAGUUUCCUAGAGAUUACGUAGGCUUUAUCAAAAAAAUAAUGAAGCUCAUGCAGCAUAAUUUCAAUUCAAUUGUUAAAUUGGAGGUGGAACUUAAACAGUUGGAAGAACCCGUAGAAGUACCAUCAAGACCACCUCCACCUGGUUACUGUCGUAUUCAGUUAAGUCCAUCGGCCUUGUUCGAUAAAGUUUCAGCAGAAGAAAAUUCUCUAGGAAAUAUUGUGAUUUUGACUGUAGAAAAGGUUUUAGAAAUCAUAGAAUCAUCAUAUCCGAACCCUAUCACAAUAAAGGAUGUUGCCAAAGCAAAUGGUUGGGAUGAGGAAGAAGUUGCUCAAUGUCUUUCGGCGCUCCAAUCACGACAAUUGGUCAAAGCUAUGGACCACGGUGCUUUUACUCGCCAGCAAUCACACGACACCCAUCAAGUUACAAUUGUCAAACAAAUGCCAACGAUGGUAAGCUCAAAACAGCCCACUAUUGCCAUCAUCACAGCUCAAUAUUGCGAAAAGUUAGCAGUCGAUGCAAUGAUCGAGAAUAAGGAGACUUUUGUGAGAUAUACGACAGUCGGUCCUUCCAGUCCAACAGGAGAUUUAGGAAAGCCUCGAUUUGGUGAGUCCAACGUCUACACUCUAGGAAACAUUGGCGCUCAUCGUAUAGUAUGUACCAAACUGCCCUCGGUCGGCCACACCCGGGAAGCCAUGACAGCGGCUGGUAAUACGACCACAAGACUGUUAGGAACAUUCCAGAAAGUUGACUACGUUUUUCUGGUUGGAGUAGGAGGCGGAGUUCCUCAUUACACUGACUAUAAUAGACAUGUCAGACUGGGAGACGUUGUUAUAUCCUGUCCUGCAAAGAACAAGAAUAUCUACGUUUACUGUGAAUCAGCAAAACAGACCGACAAAGGUUGUGACUUUGAAAUGAAGGCCUACUUACCCUCAAAUAUGAAUCUACAGGAAAUUGCUAUGCAGCUAAAGUCGUCUUCUGAUUCUGAUAACAAAAUGACACCCCCUUGGAUGAACUAUCUUCGUGAUGGAUUGAACAUCCUGAGCAACCAGACCGAACCCGAUUUCAAACCGCCGAGUUCAGAUACUGAUAAACUGUAUAUGAAUAUUGGAGACCGUGAUUUGAUCGAGGUAGCACAUCCUGUGCCCCAGGACAAUGCUGUUAAAAGGUUAGAGGGUUGCCCACGAAUCCACCUAUCCCCUAUAGCAUCCGGCAGACAAAUCGUCAAAGAAGACCGACUCAGACAACAGUUUGCUAACCACGUAGGCGCUCUAGCAUUCGACUGUGAGUUCGAUUCCGUAAUCGAAUCCAUUCUCGGCAACUGCAAGGACAGCUUCAUUUGCAUCAGAGGCAUAUCAGACUACAAGGAUGGCACGAGACGCAAGGAGUGGCAGCCAUAUGCCGCGUUGGCAGCGGCAAGUGUGAUGAAAGCAGUUAUUUGCGGGAUGGAACCCCCGACCAAUGUUUGAGAGGGGCUUUGAUGUGUUUCCAAGGGAGAGCUCUGUUUUAGGUUGAUGUGGUCAGGAAAAAACUUAGAAAUUACAUCGAAUUUAACAAUGAUAACUAGAUUUCAUCUCAUACUUUUCACAAACUAACUUUCGUCUCACAUUUAUUUAGGUUUCAUUUUAGUCAUAGAAUCAUAGAUUACAAGUGUUGACGAGAAAUUGAAAUUUUUAUGAAAGUUACCAAAACUUAGUGUGAUACACCACUUAAUCAAUGAAUUUUAACUUAUCUAAUUCAACUUCAAGACUGUCUAAUCAAACACUAGGGUUGUAGGGAAUGAUAUAUCAAUACUAGGGUUGUGUUUAUUAUUGUGGAAUAUAUGAGUUUCAUUUGCAUUUCAAGUUGUUUGUUGAAUGAUACGUGGUAUCGGGCGAUACUUGAUGAAAAUUCAUAUCGUUUUCAAAAAACACUUUAUUGUGAGAUUUUUCACUCCUGAGAGUGUUCCAUAAUAAUUGCAAGCACCCUGAAAUAUUCCACAUCGUAGCUUGUUGAAACGUUUUUCAAAGUUGGUAUUUGAUUUCAAUAUUUUUUCUACGAAAUACUUGCCAUAGUAGGUACUAUACAUAGAUUUUUAGCUAGUUAGAUUGUAUAGUUUGUCACUUUUUGAAUAUUUAACACAAUUUCUGUAAUUUAUUUAUUUCACUUGUUUUGUAUAAAAGAGUAAUAUAUAUCCGCUGAUUUUGUAAAGGUAUAUUUGAAAUAAAGGUUCAAAAUCUAA